UCCAGGGCAGCGGUGUUAGAGAGCAGUCGGCGGCGAAGUGUGUCAAACUGAAGCUGUGACUGGACUGGAUUUUCAAGGAAUAUUAUUUUAUUUAUUUGGACUUUUAGAUCGAGACCUGUUUUAAAGCAAGCCUCCCAUGCGAAAAGGAAGAUUUGCUGAAGUUGUCAGAAAUUCGAGUGUCCGUCUGCAUUCUCUCAGUGGACCCACCAUGAGGAUGGGGUGAUUUGCUCGUGUUUUACUUCACAUCAUUAAACCCAAGUCCGAUGUCUGAAGACUUGAAUUCCAAACCGUACUUGUUCUCCUCCUUGGAGGGGCAAGACGGAGCAAUCGGCUGCAGCUCAAUGGCGACGCUUCAUCGUAUGGCCAGUUUUGCGGAGGGCACUGAACUCGGCCUGGCAUCAGAAGGCAGCGACAGCAGCCAGGACCGUUCAGCCUCGGGCCACAACACCCGGAAAAUGACCCAUUCUCUACAUGAGGAUGUGGAGAUGAAGAGUAGCGGGUCCAGCGGGAGCGGAACUGAGUCCCAUGGCAAUGAGUCUCAUGGUAAUGAAUCCCACGGAAAUGAAUCCCAUGGCAAUGAGUCUUCUGGGAGUUCCAAUAGCCGAAGCAAGGACUCAGCACUACUGGUGUCAUCUGGAAGCAACAAGAGCUCCAACUCUCACAGUCCGUCUCCACCCAGCAGCACAAACGCUUUCAGCCUUCUGAGUGCCAGUUCAGAGCAGGACAACCCAUCCACCAGCGGCUGCAGUAGUGAAGAAUCUGCCAAAGCCAAGACUCAGAAAGAGUUGAUCAAAACUCUGAAAGAGCUGAAGCUUCAUCUGCCUGCAGAGAAGAGAAACAAAGGCAGCAAAUCCACCACACUCAACACUCUUAAAUAUGCCCUGCGCUGCGUCAGACAGGUGGAGGCAAAUGAAGAGUAUUAUCAGCUGCUCAUGAUUAAUGACAGUCAGCCGUCAGGGCUUGAUGUCUCAUCGUAUACUAUAGAGGAGAUCGACAGCAUUACCUCUGAAUACACCCUCAAAAACACUGAUAUCUUUGCAGUGGCGGUGUCUCUCAUCACUGGGAAGAUCGUCUAUAUUUCAGACCAGGCCGCCUCCAUCCUCAACUGCAAGCGGGACGUCUUCAAGAAUGCCAAAUUUGUGGAGUUUCUCACACCACAGGACGUCAGCGUGUUUUAUAGCUUCACCACACCAUAUAGGCUGCCCUCCUGGAGCAUGUGCACUGGCGCAGACUCGUCCCCGUCAGACUGCAUGCAGGAGAAAUCCUUCUUCUGUCGUAUUAGCGGUGGUAAGGAGUGUGAGGGAGAUCUGCAGUAUUAUCCCUUCAGAAUGACUCCGUAUCUGAUGAAGGUUCAGGAUAUGGAGCAUUCAGAGGAUCAGUUCUGCUGCCUCCUGCUGGCCGAGAGAGUGCACUCCGGCUACGAAGCUCCCAGAAUCCCCACAGACAAGCGGAUCUUCACCACCACACACACUCCCAGCUGUGUGUUUCAGGAUGUGGAUGAGCGGGCUGUUCCGUUACUAGGAUAUUUACCACAGGAUUUAAUCGGCACACCUGUCCUUCUCCAUCUGCAUCCUAAUGAUCGGUCAACUAUGCUCGGCAUCCACAGGAAGAUCCUGCAGUGUGCUGGUCAGCCUUUCGACCAUUCAAUCCGCUUCUGUGCUCGUAAUGGAGAGUACAUCACCAUCGACACCAGCUGGUCCAGUUUCGUCAAUCCCUGGAGCCGCAAAGUUUCCUUCGUCAUCGGCAGACACAAAGUUCGCAUGGGUCCUGUGAAUGAAGACGUGUUUGCAGCUCCGGCUACUCCUGAAGGCAAAUGCGUGGACUCUGACAUCCAGGACAUCACUGAGCAGAUCCACAGACUCCUGCUGCAGCCGGUGCACAAUAAUGGUUCGAGUGGCUAUGGCAGUCUGGGCAGUAAUGAUCACCUGCUGAGCGUGGCGUCAUCCAGUGAAAGCAAUGGUAACGGGACACGACAGAGACAUGAGGAAGAGGACAUCAGGAGAGCCAAACCGAGGAGCUUUCAGGAGAUCUGCAAAGGCGUUCACAUGCAGAAAAACCAGGAGCUGCAGUCCAAGAAGAGCCCUACUAAGUUUGUCCAAAAAAGUCCAGUGGUUCGACCGAAAGACUCUUCAUAUCCGGUGAACUGGAGAGAGUCUCAGGAAGAGCAGCGAGCGGCAGUGCAGGAGGAGCUGGCCUUCAAAGACCAGACCGUCUACUCCUAUCAGCAGAUCAGCUGUCUGGACAGCGUCAUCCGCUAUCUGGAGAGCUGUAACGUGCCCAUUACAGUGAAGAGAAAGUGCCAAUCCUCCUCCAACACCACAUCCUCAAACUCAGACGAGGACAAGCAGAGGAACGCUGACAGCUCCAUGCAAGUCUCUGAAGAGCCGGCUCAUCUGAAGGAGCAGUCGGGUCUGUCAUCAUUAGAGGUGCCUAAAAAGGCUCCAGGCUCAGGUGUAGUGAGUCCAUCUCUGACUCCUUUGGCUCUGCCCAGUAAGCCUGAAAGUGUGGUCUCCAUCACCAGCCAGUGCAGCUACAGCAGCACCAUUGUACACGUGGGAGACAAGAAAGAGAUCAUUGAAGAUGUUCCCAGCGCUGAAGGCACGGAUGUUCAUGGUCUCGCCGUCCCUCCGGCCGCAGUUUCACCUCAGAAUCAGGAGCGAGAGGCGUAUAAGAAACUGGGUCUGACUAAGCAGGUUCUGGCAGCUCACACUCAGAAGGAGGAGCAGGCGUUUCUCAGCCGCUUCAGGGAGCUGAGAGGAGUCCACGCUUUCAAAGCAGACUGCUCCCUCUAUCUGGAGAGACAGAAAGGACAGGUCACAUCUGAGGCUGUCCCUGCUGCUCGCUCAUGCAAGGCUGGAGGCGGCGGCGGCGCACAGGAGACCACUGCAACCCGCCGGGGGCGCAACAAAAAGACCAAAUCCAAGCGAGUGAAGCCGAAUGAGUCGUCAGACAGCACUCCAUCAGGCCGUAGACCUGCACACAGACCUCAGCUCCAGGGCCUCAACCAGACGUCCUGGUCUCCCUCAGACACAUCCCAAUCCACAUUCCCUAUGGCCUAUCCUGCCGUGAUGCCUGCGUACCCGCUACAGAUGUACCCGGGAGCUGGUGGUAUGCAGCCCAGAGUGGACACUCCAAUGCCAGGCUUUGUGGAAAGUCAAUGUGCGCCAGAUCCACGCAUCCCAAUGCAGCCCAUUCAGACGCCGUAUUCUGCUCCGCUAGUCACGCCGAUGGUGGCGCUGGUGCUGCCAAACUACAUGUUUCCACAGAUGGGCAGUGCUCCACGCCAGCCUUUCUACCCCCCAAAACAGGGACCAUUCCCCACCCAGCCCACCUUUCAGACUCAGCCUGGUUUCACCCCGCAGGCUUCAUUCCCUCAACAGUCGACAUUUACAAUACAAACACAGUUCACCUCCCAAAACCCCUUUAGCUCACAGCCUACAUUCCAGCCUCAGCCAUUUCCAUUCGCAUGUCCUGAAGACCCACCCAAAGCACCAGAGCAGGAGCUGAGGGAGGAGCAGUCCCGGAGCCCCACCCCUCAGUCAAUGGGCGGAGGCGGAGCUCCAUCUCCACCUCUGUUCCAGUCGCGGUGCAGCUCGCCGCUACAACUCAACCUACUCCAGCUGGAGGAAACACAGCGCUCGGCUGACAGACAGGAGAACACAGCGCCAUCUGCUGUACCACUGAACAACUGCAGCGCUGGGGUGGAGAAAACUGCCAGCGUGACUGGGCAAACCAAACCUGAUAAGGAUGUGGUGCAGGAUGAAGGAUCACCUGUAGACGGUCAUCACAGCGAUGCAUUCUCUUCAUCUAGUGACCUGCUGGACAUCCUGCCGGAGGACUCGCGCUCAGGCACCGGCUCCGCCACAUCUGGCUCCAUGGGUUCAGGAUCAAACCGCUGUGGGACGUCUGUCAGCGGAGGAUCUGCCAGCAGAACUGGAAGCAGCAACAAGAGCAACAACAGCAGUAACUACUUUGGCAGUGUGGAUUCUUCCCAGAAAUCCCACAAGGCCAAGGCUCAAGGCUCUGGUGCGCUGGCUCUGGACGGCAGUGAGAAUCUGAUCAAGUAUGUCCUGCAGGACCCGCUCUGGCUGCUCAUGGCCAACGUGGAUGAAGAUGUUAUGAUGUCAUACCAGUUGCCUUCUCGAGACAUCCAGAAGGUGCUGAGGGAGGACCGAGAGAAGCUGCGUCAGAUGCAGAAGAGUCAGCCGCGCUUCACAGACGAGCAGAAGAGAGAACUGGCCGAGGUGCAUCCCUGGAUGAGGAGAGGAGGACUGCCCAAAGCGAUCGACAUCAAGGCAUGCGUGGGCUGCGAAGAGCUCAGUGAAGCUCUGAAUGAAGACGAUCCUCCAGACCUGCACAUGGGAGAAGCAGAAAACAGUGACGUGACCGCCGCUCCAAACUCACAAGAACUUCAAGAACCUCCAAACUCACAAACACACAGCUGUCCUGGUCCAGACACCUGAACUGAAGCUCAGCCAUGAGGAAACUUCAGCACCACAGACCUCCAGGAAGACUCUCGCUCUGCUCCUGUACAGAGACUGUGUAAAUACUGCAGUGAGAGAGCGAUCGGGUGAUCACCCCCAGACUGUCUCCAAAGCCAGACUCUGUGCUGUUCAAUGACCAUUACUGUUAGAGUGAGCUCUUCACUUUCCUCCUCAGUGUUUCUCCUGUUGUCCUGUACAUGUACAGACUAACUUAUUUCCUUCUUCACAGCACUUUGUUUUAUACUAUUUUAUACAUGCGUGCUGUUUUCCCCUCUGAAUAGCACUUAUAACGGAUCUUCUGGUGUUUGCUAGUUGUGUUGUUGAAUAGGUUUCUGAAAUCCUUUCACAUUCGCAAUUCUUCACAGAGGACUUGUGAGUUAUUUAUUGAAUUAGGACAGUGGAAUUAUGUCCUAGCGCAACAACUGAUCUCUUUGCUUGAGCAGCUGUAGCUCAUUCGAGAUGUUUAGUGAAUGCAGAAGUUGCAUUAGGUGAACUGAUCUGAAAAGGGUUUCAGAUGAAAGAUUUCUGGUGCUAUGUCCUCGAUCAGACCGGCUGUCUGAUGCUCUGUUGCGAUAUUGAACCUCAGUGUUAGAUUUCUCUUUUACAAAGCCAAGCAUAAGUGAUGGUGGUUUAACGGAUAUCACAGACCGUCCACAUGUAAACCUGCUGUGAAGCCACAGUUACCAAAAAGCUCCUAAACAGGAAGGCACCUUAUUAAGGAGAUUACAAUAUCCCGUUCAAGGGUGUCCAUUUGAAUAAUAAUUCAUAUAUCAAUGGUGAGGUCAACUUGAUAUUAAGCUUUAAAGGUUUAGAGAUCUAUUUCACAACGUUUAGCACACGUUUAAAAGAAAUACGCUUGCAUUCUGUCACUUUGGAACUUGUGCAGCCAUCUGUGAUGUCUCUUUACGCUGCCUGUUUGUUUAAUGAAGUGAAUUUAAAAUAAAAUCUAUUUUUUAGAAAUGUACAA